UCUGAGCAAAUAGAGCUCUCAUAAUUUAAUCUCUUGACAGGCCAAUGGCAAUUCUUCGUUUUACAAGAUGUAGAAAUAUCAACAAAUUCCCUUUUUGUAUUUCUUUUUUAAUCUCUUGGCUCUCUUUAUAUACACAUGGGUGCAAGGGGAAGAGAUGACAUAUUAGAUUAUGAUCAGUAAGAGAUGAAGCAAGAGAAACUCUGAGUGUUGGAAUUGAGGAGGAGAAAUUCUGGAGCUUUCAAGCAAUACAAGCAUUUCUUGCUAGCGAAAUUUGCAGUUUAGAUGGAAAUCUACUCGGCAACUAGGGAAUCUCCAAGAAAAGAAACAAAAUGCGAGGAGUCAAUCAUUGACAUUCCACUAAUACCAGAACCUGCACGGUGGCCUGACUGCUGCAUCUACAGGGUUCCCAACAAAAUUCGUGAGAUAAAUAAAGAAGCCUACACACCCAAGUUAGUUUCAAUCGGCCCAUUUCAUCACAAGCUACCAGAAUUGGAGGGUGUGAGAAAGCAAAAGCUGAUAUAUUUUAAGGAGUUUUGUUCUCGGACUGGGAAGAGCCAGAAGGAUCUUGCAAGCAUCGUCGAAAAAAGAAAAGAAAAAAUUAUCCAUUGCUAUUCAGAGACAACCUUUGAUCUUACCGAAGAAAAGUUUGUGGAAAAGAUUCUAUUGGAUGAUGUCUUUAUCAUUGAGCUCUUGCUGAGGAAUUUUGAAAGAAAAAAUUGUCCAAACUGUGGAAAAUAUGGAAAUGAUUAUAUACUAAGUAAUGCAUGGCUAGAAUCCCACAUAAAGCAAGACUUGAUAUUACUGGAGAAUCAGCUUCCGUUUAAGUUUCUCAAAAAGUUCUAUGAGGCUGCCUUCAAUGAAGAACAAGAGCAUCAAUUUCUUGAGCUUGCAUGUGAGUUCUUCUUCUCGGAUAAGCAUAGAAUACCUAUGGAUAGGGAAGUAAAACAUUUCACUGAUUUGCAUAGAAUGUUUUAUUGUCCAACGCAUCCAAAAGAUGGUCCCAAAAAACGAAUUGAACAUCUAAGAUUUACAGCCACAAGGCUUGAUGAGGCAGGAUUGGAGUUCAAAGCAUUAGAAGACAAAGAUUUAGGCGAUAGAUCUUUGCUUGACAUAGAGUUCUCUAAGGAUAAGUGCUUGGAACACUAUCCAUGCUUGAAUCUCUCAUGGCUCUUCUCUUGCUUACCAUACUUGAGAUCCUUUCGUUGCUUCAAGAGCGUGCAAUGUAUCUUGAAAGUCCCACAACUUGUGAUAGACGACCAAACUGAAGCUCUGUUUCGAAACCUCAUGGCCUUGGAGCAGUGUCAUUAUCCAUCAAAGACAUACAUCUGCAAUUAUGUUUUGCUAAUGGAUUGUCUUAUCACCACUAAAACAGAUGUGCGUUUGCUUGUUGAGAAGAAGGUGAUUGUCAACAAGCGCGGUAGUAGCACUGAAGUGACUACUCUGAUCAACAAACUUGGCCACAUGAUUGUUGAACCUGAAUCUUGUUACCACGAACUCUAUACACGGCUCAAUGAACAUUGUGACAACUAUUGGAACCGUCUCGUGGCAUCUCUAACAAGUGUGUAUUUUCGUGACUUUUGGAGAGGCACUGCAACUAUUGCUGGAAUUAUGGUCUUGCUUUUCACUUUCGGCAACUUCCUUAGGCCGUUUGUUAUGAAGCAUUAAAACAUCUGUGAUUUUUGUUUGUGAGAGUGCUUUGCUUUUUGCUCUAAUGUACUGCAUAUGAACUUUGUAAUUAAUCCUUUUUAGCUUGUGAUAUAUAUGCUCUAGUAACAGAUAUUUUUCA